AUGAAACUCGAUCGAUUCCUUGUCCCCAGCAUGGCUGUUCUCAGCCCGCAGCAGCUGCAGGAGUCGUAUAACACCCUGUUUACCUUUGGCGAUUCGUACACAUCAACGAAAUUCAACACCUCCGGCAUCCAACCCACACUAGACCAUCCAAUGGGCAACCCAGAUCUCGGCCAAGGUACCUCGGCCGGCGGCAUCAACUGGGCGGGAUACCUAACAACUGUCUACAACGACACGGCAGUCCUGAACUUCAACCUUGCGGUGUUCGGCGCUACCGUGGACAAUUCGAUCGUUGAUGGUGAGCCAAUAGACCUGGUCAAUCAGGUUUCUCGCAACUUCGGUGAUCAUUACUGUUCCUCGUUGUUGGAAUCGAGCCCGGGGUGGAAGUCAGAUACGGCCCUGUUUGCAAUCUGGAUUGGAAUCAAUGACAUUCAGAUCAGCUAUAUGCAGACUGACAUCUCGUGGACCAUAUCCUGCAUCAUGCAAAGUUACUUCGACCUACUAGAGCAGCUGUAUGCAUGCGGAGCUCGUCACUUCUUAAUCAUAAAUGUCCCACCGAUUACCAGAACGCCGAAUAUGAUGUGGCACGACGCUUUCACAAGAGAUAUGCACGAAGAGGCUGUCGUGGAAUUCAAUUAUCAACUGGAGGAGACGGUCUUGGAUUGGCGUAUGGCGCAUCGUGAUUCUACUAUCACUCUCUACGAUGCAUGGUCCUUCAUGACCGAUCUCCUCGAUCGUCCUGUAGACUACGGGUUCGCGGACGAUAGGUGCAUGGGGACGGGAUGUGUCUGGUGGGACGACUAUCACCCAACCUCGGAGUUUCAUAACCUUUUGGCUGCUGAUGUUGCGGCGCACCUUCGUCGGACGGGGUUAGGGUUUUCAUAG